AUGGAGGCGUGGCUGGACGCAGUGGAGGUGCUGCUAAGAGACGGCAAGGUAAGUAAUGCGCAUUUGCUGCUGCAUGCGCUCCGCUGCACCAGCAGCACCCCACUGCCCUGGCAUCGCACGAUCCCAGCCGGCCAAAACGCCGCGAGGCGGCGUUUUAGCCCCCCGCCGGGCCAGCAGCAGCAGCAGCAACAGCAGCAGCAGCAGCAGCUGGUGCGGCGUGGCUGGGUCUCGCUGGUGGCCUACGGGGCGCUGGCCGGCGGCCUGUUGACUGGGAAGUAUUUGGAGUGGCUCGAGUACCCCACAGCUGGCCGGCUGCUGCGCUUCCCUUCCUACAUGCGGCGAUUGAGGUGGGCUGCAGCGGGGCUGCUUGCUGCUGCUGCUGCAGUGGCUGCUGCUGCCGCUGCAGCAGGGCGGGCUGCACAGCAGCAGCUGCUGCUGGGGUUGCAGCGGGGCGGGCAGCCACACCACCUGCUGUUGCUGCUGCUGCUGCUGUCUGCCAGGGGCUCUAUGGCUGCAAAGGCUGUCAAGGAAUAUUUCUACUUGGCACGGCGCUUCGAGCAGCCGAACUUGACGCCCGUGGCCCUCAAGUGGGUGCUGUCUCGCCCCUUCGUGACCUCCACUGUGAGUGCCCCCAAAACCCGAAACACAGCAGCAGCAGCAACAGUAGCAGCAGACAGAUGGGCAGAGCAGGAGCUAGACAGCGACAGGCAGCAGAGGCUGCUGGGCUUCAGCGAUCUGUACCAGCUGAGAGAAAACCUGCACUGUUUGCAUCCAGCAGCAGGAGCAAUGACUGACUGGAUGGAAAGGGAAAUUAAUUUUCUGCACUGGAAAUGGAGAGACCCCCUCAGGCUGCUGCACUAG